CGUCAGAUGAUAGCGAUCUUGAUGAUAUUAUUGCUGACAAACAAGACAAUGAAGCCUCGUCCUCAAGCCAACAAAAUAAUAUCCCAAAUGCAAAAGCUGGCUAUGAUAGUUUAAGUUCAAUUUCAGUUAAUGAUUCUGGAUCAUCACAAAAUACAAAUUUGUCAAGUAUUAUUAGUUCAUAUAGCGAAGCAAAAAUUGGCUCGGAUAUUGCUAAAGACUGGUAUAAGAUUGCUGUUAAAGAUUAUAAAUUAAAGGAAAUUCAUUUUGAUGAAUUUGAAAAAAUGGUUCGUAUAGGAAUUGGUGCAUAUGGUACAGUUUAUCAAACAACUUAUGGCUUAACACGAGAAAAGGUUGCAAUAAAAGAACUGUUUAUUACAUCAGAUGAUUAUGAAAACAUCAAAAUUUUUAUUAAUGAA